AAGGCACCUCAUGUGUCAUGCAUACAUUAAAGAGGCAGAGGAGUCUAGAGGGAGACCGAGGAGCUUCUACUGCGAGUGUCAUCACAAAUUACCAGGAGAACUUGCGAUCGCACUCACUCUCUUCUCCCCCGCUUUUGGCAAACGCUAAGGCAGCCGAGCCACCACCACCACCACCACCACCUCUCUCCCUCUCUCUUUCUUUCUCUCUCUCUCACACAUGCACACACACUCUCUGCUUCUGUCAUUCUCUCACCAUCAUCCUCUUAUAGUGUCUAUAUAUGAAACCUUCUAAAGAACUACAGCUGUCAGUGCUGCAUGCUAAGUAUUUUUUCACUUUCUGGACAAAUGGACAACUUUUGAGAAUGCUCAGAAGGGUUGCAGUCUGAGCAGCAGCAUCUGCAAGUUCUUUUUUUACAUUUUUGAAUUGAUUGAUUUUUUUUCUGAUGGAAAGACAUGGUUGUUAUGGUGUAACGGGAUGCUUCAGGACUUGAGCGCCAGCGUCUUGUUUCCUUCUUGCUUGCAGCACCGGCCUUUAGCUCAAGUUCCGGACAAUGAUGAGCAGUUUGUUCCUGACUUUCAGGCUGAAAACUUGGCAUUCCAUGGGCUGCAGUUGAGGAUAAAGCGUGAGCCCCACAGCCCCUGCGCUAAUCUGGGAUCAGCCUGUAGUCAGGAGAGACCCUUCAAGCUCCACUAUGGAGAGAAAUGCAUGUACAAUAUCAGUGCCUACGAGCAAAAGCAUGCAGCAGGAAUGAAGGGCUCCAGUCCUGCAAAUACACCUUGCAGCACACCAGUGUCCCCUCAUCAGCACCAUGUGUCUCCCAGUGCCGGCCUCACCCCCAAACCAGACAGAACAUACCCCCACCUCAACGGCCCACAGCCCCUCCCAGACACUACCUACAACAUUGACCACAGGUUCCGGCGUCAGCUAUCAGAGCCGUGUCACUCGUUCCCUUCACCGGCUCCAAUGGGGCGAGACGGGCGUCCCUUGUACCACAGGCAAAUGUCUGAACCCAGCAUUCCCUUUCAGUCCCAAGGGUUUAAGCAAGAAUACUCGGAUCCUCUGUUUGAGCAUCCGCUCAUAGUGGGAGCCCCCCUGCCUCAAUCUUACCCCCCUUCUAUGAUGAUAAAGCAAGAGCCACGAGAUUUUACCUAUGACUCAGAAGUGCCUAGCUGCCACUCUGUUUACCUGAGACAAGAGAGUUAUUUAGCUCAUUCAAACAGAGCUGAAGGUUGCAUGUUUGAUAAAGGCACCAGGCAUUUCUACGAUGACACGUGUGUAGUACCAGAAAAGGCUGAAGGUAAAACACACUGUGGAGAAAUUGAUGUGAUCAGCUGUUUCAUGACUGCAGGGGACAUCAAACAGGAGGCAGGGCUUUACCGUGAGGGUCCCACCUAUCAGAGGCGCGGUUCACUGCAGCUCUGGCAGUUCCUAGUAGCCCUGCUUGAUGACCCCUCCAACUCCCACUUCAUUGCGUGGACGGGCCGAGGAAUGGAGUUCAAACUCAUUGAACCUGAGGAGGUGGCACGACGCUGGGGGAUCCAAAAGAAUCGCCCUGCCAUGAACUACGACAAACUCAGCCGCUCGUUACGCUAUUACUACGAGAAAGGGAUCAUGCAGAAGGUGGCAGGUGAGAGAUAUGUGUAUAAGUUUGUGUGCGACCCCGAGGCCUUGUUCUCCAUGGCCUUCCCUGACAAUCAGCGGCCCGUCCUGAAGACCGACAUGGAGAGGCAGAUAAAUGAGGAAGAAACCGUGCCUCUGUCGCACUACGACGAAAGCGUGGCAUACGUUCAAGAUGGAACCUACUGCAACCCACACCCUUACAGCGAAGGCUACGUCUACUGAUCAUGGAGCACAGACUUCUGCCACAUUGGUCUCACCUUUUAAAAUUUGUAAGAAUUCAUAAACUAGUAUGAAAAGUUAUGAGCGGUUCCAUGAUUGGGGUGGAGUGGGGAGUUAUCGCUCAUAGUUUUUCUUACAAUUCUAUUCAUAUAAAUUCCAACAACAACAACAUCAAUAUAGUAACUCUCUCAUUAGAAUUCUUAUGAAUUUUGUGUGAGAUCAGGACUUCUCCGGAUUCCUCUUUCUGUCGUCUCUGUCGUUCCCCGGGACAAAGAGUGCACUUUAUGGACAGAGAAAUGGGCAGCGUGUAAAACCUACUGUCCUAGUUACGGUAGCCGCUCCUUUGACGUUGUUUCUUUUUCAAUAAGUGGGAGGGUGGGGUGGGUUGAGCAUGCCAGAUUCACACAGGACAAACUCUGGAAAAAUUGACUCUUUCUGGAACUAUGUGUUCAUCUAUUUAGACAGGUUUCUAGUCUGGAGAAUGUGGGUGAAUAAAUCUCAACCUCUUUUACUAGGAUAUCUUUAAA